UGAGGGGGUCCCCUGAUAUCUGUGGCCCCAAGCAUUUGCUUGGUUCCUGUAGUUGUAAAGUCUAUCACUGGGGCUAAAAUAAGCCCAGAAGGAAUAUAUAGAAAUCAUGAGUUUAUGGCAUUUUGAAACAUAUGCAGAAGGCAGAGAACUCUUGUCUCACUGCAAAAGCAAUGACUAAAAUCAUGAAUAUUGAAGGUUAUCAUUGUGACUAAUUUUUACAUUAGAAUUUUUGCAGCACAUCACCCACUAUUUUCACAGCCACAUACAAAGAGAGGCGCGCCUGUAGAUUCCACUCCCCCAUUACCACAUCCUUGUGAGUGACAUUCUUCAUACAGUGCAGUCCCUUCAAAUAGCAAUCAUCCUGUCUGUCUGCUGAGCUUAGACUAUGAACCCCCUAGAGGAUUCCUCCUAGAAGUCACAAUGGGCAUCUACAUCUAGCUCCAGUCUCGAUACACGUGAAAGCCCCGCUCAGCCAGUGAUUGGCUGAGUAGACCUUCCCUGCCAUUUUCAUCAUGCCAAGAUUGGACUAGAAGGCAGAGACCAGAGGGAACCAGAACUGGGAGUGGCAGGAGAUCAGUCAGGUGGUGAAUAUAGGAUACGAAGACGAUGAAGCCGAAGAGAAGCGAACCAAUAGAAGCACUGAUACUGCUGGCGUUCACUAGCAUUGCACGAGUCUCCCUGUGCUGCCAAGAUCUCCUAUGUUACGUAGACUUCAUCGACACGCUGACGUGUGAAUAUCGCAAGGAUAAAGAUCUGAACAGCAGCGUUUCCCACUCGCUGAGUGCUAACUGGACCUUUGAAGAGUGGAAUGAUACAUGUCUUCUGGAUGAGUGCGAGAAGAACCAUAAGUACAUUUGCACUAUUGAUAUGGAAGACUUCACCGUAGAUGGCAUGUGCAUCGUUACCAUAAUAACCAAAAACAAUGGACGAUACCAUUCCAAACAGAUCUGCCAACCUUUCAACAUAGGUAACAAAUUCAAGCCAGUGCCACCGUUCAAUCUCACAGUGUCUCUUUCUGAAAAUUAUAAUAUUUCAUGGAACACUUUGUACGAUAACCAUGACACGAGAGGUGGAGAACUAGCCUACGAGCUGAGCUACAAGAAGGAUGGAGAGUCAUGGCUGAACCAAAAGACUAUCCAGGUCCUUGAAGAUGAAAAACACGUGGUCCUCUUGAGGUCAUCUUUUCAAGCUGGUGAACAAUAUGUAGCCAGGAUCCGAACUCAACCUAAAAUCUAUCUAUCAGAUAUAUAUCAAGGACACUGGAGUGAUUGGAGCACAUCCAUUAUGUGGAGGACCCCAGCUAAUGAUCAAACAGUCAAGAUGCAAAUUGGGAUGAUUUCAGGGAUGAUAGCUAUUUUGGCCUUCUUGGGCAUUUUAAUGACAUGCUUCCGAUAUUCACCACUCAUAUGGAAGAAGGUGUGGGUGUUGGUCCCUGACCCCGAGCCCUUUUUUAAGCCCCUCUACAAAGGGCAUCAAGGAGAUUUCAAGAGCUGGUUGGGUCCUCAUUAUACCCCAUUCCCAAUAAUUCCUCGUGAGGGAGGCUCUAUUUAUCCAGAAGUCCUUGAAAUCGACUGCCAUAGUGCAUGCAAUAACAUGGAAAUUAAGAAGCAGUUUCUUCCUAAGUUGUACUUAACUGAGAAGAACCAGAUCUGCAGAACAUGUGGGUGUACGACAGAGAAUCCUUGCUCACAAUGCUGUCCUCCAUGCAUUGCCUCCACUACCACCACCACUGAUGGUACCAUGAAUGAGGAAGAUAGGAGUAGAGAUUAUGGCUACCCUUCUGUUAAUCUUGAUAGUGGCAACAUGUUGGAUCGGGAACCAAGUCCACAAAGCACAAUUAUGCUAAAGUUUGGUCUUCCACAAGAUUUCCUAAGAUCCAGUAUGAAUAUGUUAAGCCUGGUGUCAAUACCCCCAGAACAAUGGGAACUGCAGGAAUCUCCUUCCCAAGAGGAUGAUGAGAACGUGUUUUAUAAUGACGAUAAUUACAAUUCACUGUCUCCUGACUCGGGAAAUAGUGGCAACUUUGGCUAUCCCAGGAUAUGCCUGGAUAUGGACACUAUUGACAGUGGUUUUGUAGACUCUGAAUGUGGAAGUCCUGUGGACAGUAAUUUUGGAACUAAUUAUAUUCCAACAAAACCACUGAAUCCAGAUCCCUACAGUGAAGAAGACGAAAUAUGUGAAAGAAAUUAUGUGCAGCAAUGGGUGCCCACUGGCCACUGAUCAACAAGAUCCAAGGUCUUUGUAUGUGGAGAUGGUUGUAGAGCUUUUUGGGCAUCUAUGGCUUCUUCAUUGCAUAAUGAAAGGCAAGCAACUUGCUCAUAUAUAUGUGUUUUUCAGACUGUUCAUUCAGGCAGUGACUGAAAACAUUCAUGGUCUAACUUAAGCAGUUGAGAACCUGUCCCAGCCUAGCCCUGCUCACUGCAGGGGCUUACAGUAUACCAGAGGUCUCAGCCAAGACAUUUCUACUAACAUUGUAUUUAGCUCAUAGAGGAUUGCCUAUAAAGUUGUGACAACCAGUGUUUCCUUUUGGCUGCACAGCUUAAAGGGGUUUUCCAACUCUUUCUAACUGAUGACCUAUCCUCUGGAUAAGUUAUCAG